AUGGUAUUAAAUAUAUAAUUAAUAAGAGAGUAGCUUAAUAUCUUAAGAUGAGCAUAGGUGAUUGGAGGAUAAAUCCAAACUUGAUGAAAAAUUUAUAUCAAUUUUCAGAAGAUAAUAUUUCAAUAUCAUUAAUUCCUUACAUUACAACGUUUGAGAAAAUAGCAAAAUGGAAAUAAAUUGAACAGUAUAUUGAGAUCCUGCUAAAACUCAUAUAUUGA